AUGGUUGUUGAAGUUUCGAUAAUGUAUGUCGAUGCAAAGGCACGGAUGGUCCGUGCCAUUGCAAAAGUUACCACCUUUGUCAAGGCUGCGGGCAAGUUUUCAGCUGAUAAAAAUAGUCCUGGUAAACGAGCAAAAAUUGUAGCCAUGCUACUGGAGCUGAAAGAAAUUCGCUUGACUGCAGAAUCCGAUAUCCAAGUUAUGGAGACUUAUGUUGGAAAGAAAUUAGCACCAGUGGACGUGGUAGAUAAAUCCAUAAGUCUCAAGCUCUCUGCUGAGUUUGAUAAUUUGUACUACGAGUUGGUUGCGUUCGUAGAUGUUUAUGGCCUUUCAUUGUCUCAAAUUGUCGACUCAUCCUCUUCUCAGUCAGUACAAAAUCAUUCAGCUAGUUUCGGAAACCUCUCAACUUACAAAUUUCCAACACGGAAGUUCCCUACAUUUUCUGGACUUCUGACUGAAUGGCAGGGUUUCGAAGAUUUGUUUACAUCAAUUCUAUCCCACGCCCCAGCUGAUCUUUCGGACGUCGAACGAUUCGAGAUAUUGAAAACUUCGCUAGAAGGUGAGGCCUUGACGCUUAUCGCACACAUUCCUUUGACAUCGGCAAACUAUCAAAAGGCUUGGGAAGUAUUACGUUCGCGAUACGGAAAUAAGCGUGACUUAGCUCGUAUCCAUCUGGACGCUCUGUUAUCCCCACAUACAGUCAAGGCAAACGACGCGUCUUCAAUUAAAACUCUAAUCACAUCUAUUCAAGAGCACACUGCUGCUUUGGAUAAUUUGGACUUUAUUACUCGGCAGUGGAGCCCAAUUUUGGUCCACAUUUUCGAAAAUCAUUUGGACUAUGACCUUCGAGCGCGUUGGGAAAUCACUGUGGGUGACCGACAUCAACCGUCGACUGCCGAUUUUCUUGAAUUUCUAAGAGGUCAUGUACGAUCAGCGGAAGCACGUGCUGGACAGUACACAUCGAGUUUGACGUCGUUCACGUCUCAGCAAAAACCUCCUCAAAAAUCGGUAACUUCCAAAUCUCGUCACCCAAUUGCACCAAAGGUUUUAGCUGCUACUACCACCUCGUCCACCGUGGUUACCUGUCCAUUAUGUACAAAACCACAUACGAUCCGAAAGUGUCCAACGUUUCUGUCAAAAUCACCGACUGAUCGUUUUCAGUUAGCCAAGAAGCAUCGGUUGUGCAUAAAUUGUCUGUUCACAAGACAUGCUACUUCAUUAUGCCCUUCCAAAUAUAAAUGCCCAACUUGUGAUCGGUCUCAUAAUAGUUUGCUUCACUUUGACUCAAAGGAUAUUUUUCCCCCCUCGUCCACGGUUCCCUCAGUAGACCAACCCGAGACUGGUCAGAGUGCCAAAGCAAUGAUUGUCAGAGGACAGCCUCAGAUUGUAGUUUUACUCUCCACUGUCCUACUCGAUGUGGUUGCUGCUGAUGGCACCCGUCAUUCAAUUCGAGCCCUGUUUGACAGUGGUGCUCAAGCGAGUUUUAUAACUGAACAAACUGCGUGUGUGUUGAUGCUAAAGCGACAUCAUUCGACAGUAGCAAUUAGCACGUUUGCCAGUAGUACAACUUCCCCAGUCCGUGGUCAAACAACCAUCACUGUGAUGCCACGUGGCCAACAGGCACCGUCGUUUUGCGCGGACACUUACAUCGUCCCACAAAUCACAGGACCAACUCCUCAAGCUCCUAUCGUGCCGGGACAAUGGAGGCAUAUUCAAAACCUCUCCCUCGCUGAUCCGUUAUACCAUCGUCCUCAGGCAGUCGAUCUGUUGCUAGGGGCCGAUAUCUUGCCAAUGCUACUUCUCAAUGGAAAAGCCACAGGCAAGCCUGGCGAGCCCAUUGCUUUCGAGACUGUUUUCGGUUGGAUUUUGAUGGGACCUGUCGACAGAAAUGCUCAGUCAAAUGUCACUGCUAUGUGUUUAUCUGUUGCUGAAACUCUUGAUUUGUCGAUCAGGCGUUUCUGGGAACUUGAAGAGUUACCUAUUGUUCGCCAUCUCAGUCCAGAUGAGCGUGCUGCCGAGGAAAUUCAUAAAAAGACAACAACUCGGCUGAGAACACGACGAUUUAUGGUAUCUCUUGCAUUUCGGAAAGCAUCACCUCUGUUAGGGCCUUCUACUCUCAGGCAAUGGGUUUCAAACUUUCAAGUGGAACCAGGUUUGUUAACAAAUGUGCUUCCAUUAAUGCAAGCUAAAGAUGUCCAUUUAACUUCUGAGCAGAAAAUUACAGUGAUAUCAUUUGACGAGACUUAUGUUUCUCAUAGAAUAUGCCAUGACAAAAAGUAUGAGAAAGUGUAUGGACCCCAUAAGUGUGUUCAAACCCUUGUAGCUAGAGGUUUAAUAGGAAAUUGGAAACAGCCAAUCUAUUAUAAUUAUGAUACUCCUAUGAAUAAGGAUAUAUUAUUAAAAAUUAUAGAGGAACUAUAUAAAGUUGGUUAUGAUGUUGUAGCAACUGUCAGUGAUAUGGGGCCUACAAACAUUGGCUAA